AUUCGCUGCUGUAACUACACAGUGUGCACAGUUUUGGAUUGAAGACAUAACACUACAAGAUUCAACUGAAAAAUGGAAGAUCCAGUAGCUAAAAAGGUAGAGGAUAAUAGAAGAGUACAUACAUAUCCACUGUUAAAAGUAAGUUUAUCAACUGGACAUAGAGGACUUAUCUUAAAAUACAAAUCUCCUGAUCUUGAAGAAAUAUUUUCAAGAUCAGGUGUUUAAACACCACAAUCUCCCAAAUUUAGGGAAAUUUCGGGGUAAUCCACAAGAUUUAAUGACCUUCACCAAGGUUAAAUGGAAAAUUUGGGGUUUUGGUGUCAUUUUCCUAAAAGUUUCUAUGUCAGCUUUCCCAAAGUUUUCAAAGAAUUGGUCCAAUUUUCGCCAAAACUUGGAGAUUGGGACAUGUGCAUGCAACAACAAAUCAUGAGAAAAUGACACAAUGACCUGGAAAUCUUUUCUGAUCUGAUUUCAGAUUCACAAAAGUUUUGAGAUAUUCUUUUUGAAAUCUAAAGAUUGGGUUCAAUGGUAUAUAAACAAAAGACUUAUCAAUAUUUCAGUAUGGGAUACUAUAUUGAACUCAUAAGAAAAUAUAAAGUUUUUUCUCGAAAAGACUUAAUAAAUGAUCAAGUAACUUUGAAUAUGAGGAAAUAUUCAAUAAUGGACUACUUUACAGGGAUAGGAAAUUUAUACAGUCCAUUUCUAGAGCAAACGCCAUGUUCCUACACAUCAGAUGAGAAAAGUUGAUGAUAGUGAAAGUAAAGCGAAAACUCACAUUACUAUUCAGAAUGUAUUUUGCAGUUCAUAAUUCAUGAGUGAAUCGAGAGAAUUUUCUUAGACGUAGCUUAUGAUUUUGGGGCGAAACAAUUGUCUCUGGACGAAACCUUCAGAUUCGAAAUCUCAUGUCUUGGAUUUUACCAUCGAAUUUAUCUAUGUAUAUGUCUAAGUAACAUUUUUGCACUACUACUGAUGUCACUUCAUGAUGAAGAUCCCUAUCCGUAGUUCCGAAUCCUAACGUCCGACUCAUAGUGAUAUGAAUGAAGAUAUGCAGACUGAAGUAAUGGAACUAUGUGUGACAGCAUGUGAAAAAUUCUCAACCGAUAAUGAGGCAGCAGCUCGUUUUGUAAAAGAAACUAUGGAUAAAAAGUACGGAGCAGCAUGGCAUGUAGCAGUUGGUGAAGGUUUUGGUUUUGAAAUUACCUAUGAUAUUAAAAAUAUUUUAUACAUGCUAUGUGGUGGAAAUUUAGGCAUAAUUGUCUGGAAAUGCUGUUGAUAAUAAUUACAGGAUGUAAAUAUUUCAAAAAGGAAUAAGAAUACGUGUACACUAUUUUCUACUAUUAAAAAUGUAUAUUUUUAUAGUAAACUAUAUUUUCACAAGCUCUUUGUCAUAUUUUGCUCUGUUAUGUUGAAGUUCCCGAGUCCAAAAAGAUAGAAGCAAAUAAAUGUAUUGACUAUCAUAAAUGUCACUGGAUUCCAAUCACUUUUUUAACAUACGAUAUUUUCCAAUUAACAAAAAACCUCUUAUAAACUAAAACAUCAAAAAUACUUGAAUCAUUUCACCAAUAUGUAUAUACUUAGAUUUGUAAAAUAUAUCUAGGUUUGUAACUAAAAAUAACAUUUAAAACAGGAAAAUAAACCCAUUAGAGUUAUAACAAAAAACGGAAGUGAUUCAGUGAAAAAAGAGUUCAUUUCAAUUAUGUUAUUUACUUAAGGAGUACAAUUGUUUACAGCUAAUUUUACAUACGAUAACCUAUAAUAAAACAGAAGGAUAAUAGCGUAAUUUAACAAAUUCAUUGAAAUAAACCGGAAAUUUCCAAAUGAUCGAAUAUAGUACUUAAUAAUAAGAUAAGUGUUGCAUCACUUACCAAAGUUAUCGACGGCUGGAAAGUUGUGUUUUUUAAGUCAAGAACGCCCAUGUGAGUCAUAACAAAUGGUUAGAGAUUUUGGGUGACAUGUUUCAAAGUAGUUCGCAUUGGCACAGACGCAUUUACUCCCCAGCUUCCAAGUUUCUAUAUCUCUGAUGCCUAACCUAUUCUAUUAAUAUUACCACCUCUACUACUCUGGGAUUUGAUUUGACAAUUUCAUCUCACUGUCCUAAUGAUGUGUGGAAACUUGAAUCGAUGCAUACGUAAGACAGGUUAUAAGUUGCGUAUAACUGACUAAAACAUUAUAAAAAAUAAUAAUUUGCAGAAAAGAUGUGAAAGGCUAUCGUCCACCUAACGAGAAUGAAGACUGAGAAGUCAGUAAUACUGAUUUUAUCGAACACGCCUCUAUUCCAUUACAUACAAUCGCAUGUAAAGAAUAAUCAUAAGUACGAUUUUACAGAUAAGGUAAAUGCCGUCGAAAGGAAGAUUCUCUUCACUUAGCUUAAUAACAUUUAUAUUUUCUGAUUUCUUCGUAAGAAAGAAAACAACCGAAGUCGUUUGUAUUUAUUUAAAUAUAAUCUGAGGUAGUAGACCGUAUUUGAAACUGUAACUUUGUCUGGUAAGAACAAACCAGUACCAAUCAAUCUACAGUUGUCUUGACCCCCAUUUAGAUUCAGAUAUAACCCAUAAGUCAAAAAUUGUUGACAAUGGCGUAACGUUACUCAUUUUAUUUCAAUCUAUUGGUACUACAUACAUUUUAGGACCACUGUGUAUAGAAGUGACAGAUAUCAUUAUGUAUCAGCUGGAAUUUCGUUGGAAAAUUAAGAGCAUCGACGAGUUGUUUUAGUGUAGUUUGUGACCCAUCUCGACAGUACAUACUGUUAUAUCCUAGUGACGAUUAAACUACAGGUAACUCCUAAGAACUAUUAAUGAACUGAUAUUAUAUAUAUUCUUAUUGCAUAACUAUUCAGUAACUGCAUUUUGUAUGUCUAUCUUCCUCUUAUUAUAAGCUUUAUUUUGACCUAUAGACUAUUAUUACACGAUUUAAUGUACUUAAGUCAUGUUCAGAUUAUUAAUUGCCGUCUAAAAUCACAGCCACUUUUUGGCCUGAUCAUGUACAAAUGUUAUUUUCUAUUUUAUGGUAAGAUGUGGUCCGUUCGGCUUGUAUGUAAAUCAGGUAUUUUUGAAAUAAAUGUUUCGUAUAGUGGAAGCUGGUAUUGGCGUUCUGGACUCAACCGACAGUGUUAGGAGGACAAAGGACCAAUAAGGACACUAAUAUGCUCAUAACGGUCAUUGGUUUGGCACAGUACUAAGAU